CACAGCCAACAGCUGACGCACCGCCACAGGUUGAUCUUACGACUCACCUUGCAAUAUCAGUCGUCGGCCUUCAAGUUCGCCUUACCAAGAUGCCCAAGUAUUGUACCGCACCUAAUUGUAAAAAUGACUCGGGAAAUACGAAUUCGGAUAGGAAGAGUUUUUACAAGUUUCCACUACAUGACCCAGAGCGGUUGGAGCAGUGGUUGAAAAAUAUGGGCCGUGAAGACUGGAUCCCGUCCCGUCACCAGUACAUUUGCCACGAUCAUUUCACGUCUUCUUGCUUCAAGUUGCGUUGGGGAAUUCGCUAUCUUGAAAAUGACGCGGUGCCCACAGUCUUCCAGAAACCUGAGAAAAGGAAAGGCAUGGAUCAUUUUGAGAAAUACAAAAGGCGUCGCUAUAGCAGCACACUAAACAUGACCUCCUCUGAUGACGGGGCUACAUUAAGGGAGACCCUGGACCUGGACAGUGAUGCUACAGUGCAACUCUACGAGAUAACUGUUGACCCCUCACAGUUUGGAGAGCCAGUGUUGGUAGAAUCAAGGCCCUCUGUAGAUGUCCUUCUCCCUCUGUCAGGAGGGACGGAAGCUGAUUACCCUCUAGCCUUGUUCCAGACUGUGGAGGAUCUUGGUGGGGAGCAUGCUGAAGUUGUGAUAGUAUCAGAAGGGCCAUAUGCUGAUGGGGAAGAGGAGGGGGUGAGUGGGAUCCAUACAGCCAUUCACACUGCAGAUAAAGACUUGUUCGUGUCUGAGUACACAGGCUCCUCAGCGGAGGCUCAGGCUUCUUUGGUCGUUGAAAACGUUGUCCCGGAGACGAAAGGGCCACCUGUGCCCCUCGACGACCACGUUGCUCAGGUGAUUGCGUACUUCGAAACCAUACCCAACGUUCUGUGCGCCGGAUCGUCCACAGAGUUUCGCAUCUCCCCGGACACGGUGCUGUCGUCCGCUCUCAGCUCCAGACCCAUAGUGUCCACGCUCCCCAUAGUGUCCAAACACACACCACCUUCCCCCACCUCCCUGAUCCUCACCCUGGAAAGAAUUGAGACUGUCGGGGAAGAAGGAGAGAGGGACGCUCUGGAUGAUGAUGACACUGAGCAGCAGGGAAGCCAGCUGGAGGAACACCGCUAUCACAAGAAUAGCCUGAGCAAAGAACAACUUGAAGCAAUAGUUAUCGAACUCCAGAAAAAAGUGAAAAUUCUACAACAGAGACAUCGCCGACAUUUGGACAAACUUCUGGGGUUGGAGGCGACAGUCAGUCAACUGAGACAAAAUAACAUCCUGAACGAGGAACGACUACAGCUUCUUGAGAUGGCCUACUUACAGACCAGUGCAGCAGUAACAGAUGUUGGUGAAACUGUGGCUAUCAUCUAUGAAGACAACACUGCUUACUUGUACACCCAGUCAAAUGAUGACGAGGAGGAAGUGAGAGGAUGGGAUGGGAUUGCCGAUUCUAACUCCCAACUCUGAGAGAUCCCUGUGACUCAUUGCCGAGGUGUACAGUGCUGCAAUCUUGGAUUUGAGAGAAAACUAUCUUUACUUUUUUUAUAUCAGAAAAUAUAUUUGUCAGACAAGUUCUAUUUUCUAUUCCCAUGGGGAUUUUCAAUGUACUGACAUAAUUCUGAAUUUGAGAAUCAUUUUGAGGAUCUGUUAUACAGUAUAACAACGGUUUGUUUCCCAGAUGUUUUUUUUCCAAUAUUGUUUUUCUGUGCUAAAAUGAAGAAAGUAAAAUUAAUUUC